AGCAAGCUUCAUACCUUCUUCACGCUCUCACUCAUCAAAUCACAAUCUCUUCUAUUUUUUUUUUUUUUUUCUUUCCGGCGAUUAUUUUUCGAUCUCGAUACGAUGGCGAAGGAACCAGUUCGUGUUCUUGUUACCGGAGCUGCAGGACAAAUUGGAUAUGCUCUUGUCCCUAUGAUUGCAAGGGGGAUAAUGCUUGGUGCAGACCAGCCUGUGAUCCUCCACAUGCUUGAUAUCCCUCCAGCAGCAGAAGCUUUGAACGGUGUGAAGAUGGAGUUGAUCGAUGCUGCUUUCCCACUUUUGAAAGGUGUGGUGGCUACAACUGAUGCUGUUGAGGGUUGUACUGGUGUCAAUGUUGCUGUCAUGGUUGGUGGAUUCCCAAGGAAGGAAGGAAUGGAGAGGAAGGAUGUCAUGUCCAAGAACGUUUCCAUUUACAAGUCUCAAGCUGCUGCCUUGGAGAAGCAUGCUGCACCAAACUGCAAGGUUCUGGUUGUUGCAAACCCUGCAAACACCAAUGCCUUAAUCUUGAAAGAAUUUGCACCUUCGAUCCCAGAGAAGAACAUUACUUGCUUGACCAGGCUUGACCACAACAGGGCAUUGGGACAGGUCUCUGAGAGGUUAAGCGUGCCAGUGUCUGAUGUCAAGAACGUGAUUAUCUGGGGAAACCACUCAUCAACCCAAUACCCAGAUGUCAACCAUGCUACCGUCAAGACUUCUUCUGGAGAGAAGCCAGUGCGUGAGCUAGUCAAGAACGACGAGUGGUUGAAUGGAGAGUUCAUCAGCACCGUUCAACAACGUGGAGCUGCCAUUAUCAAGGCCAGGAAGCUGUCUAGUGCGCUCUCUGCAGCUAGCUCUGCUUGUGAUCAUAUUCGUGAUUGGGUAGUUGGAACUCCCGAGGGCACAUUUGUUUCAAUGGGCGUAUAUUCAGAUGGAUCGUACAACGUUCCGUCUGGACUUAUCUACUCUUUCCCCGUAACCUGCCGUAAUGGAGAGUGGACCAUUGUUCAAGGUUUACCAAUUGAUGAAGUAUCAAGGAAGAAGAUGGAUUUGACAGCAGAGGAGUUGAAGGAAGAGAAGGACCUCAAGCAGCAGAAAAUGAUUCAUACAGAGUACAAAAUCCUUCCGAGCGACGAACCAGUUGCAGUCGAAGCAGCAGCAGGAGGUUGUUGGGAGGAUCCUGAAGGUGCUCCUGCAGACCCAGCAGGUGCAGAGUCAGGUGAUGGAGCAGAGACCGCGGUUGGAGAUGGUGCAGGUCUUGAUCCAGGACCAGGUUGCUGUGGGUACGGGUAA